ACCUCUCGCCUCUCUUCUCCAACCGAACAAGCGAUGGCAACGGCAAUGACUACUCCCUUAGGUAGUUAGGCUGCUUCUCUACUUCUUCCCUUCCGUUCACUCUUCACUCUUUUAUAAAUCAUAACAUGUCGACCCUUUUUUCAAUCCUGACUGCACUGUCGCGUCGGCCACUUUCACGACAGUGCGUUAGUUGCACCUCCGGCCAGCCACCUACUCCCAGUAAAGGAGAAGUGAAGAUUGUUUCUCUAGCUGCUCCAACUCUUCUUAAAUCUCCAAAAUCGAAAGGAAAAGGCAAAAAUGGUGAUGUCCCAAGUGAAAUAUGAGGCCUUACACGAGCAAAGAUUGGAAGAGAACAAGAAAAGACUUGAAGAACUCAAUCUCUCUCAGCUCUCUAUCGCCCUCAAGAACUCAUCAUCUCCCAAACCCUCACUGGUAUCUCUCAAGUGCAUUUGUAGAGUUACCAAUCGGACCCGGAACCUCUCGAACCGGGUGUAUGCAUCAGAUGAAUAUAGAGAAUGUUCUAUAAAGAAAGCAGAGGAGCUUGAGUCAAGCCUAGAGUCUGACUAUCCAUCCUUUGUGAAGUCAAUGUUUCCUUCCUAUGUCACUGCUGGUUUUUGGCUGGUGGUAUUGGGGCUUCAUAGCUUAAGGAAAUCUCUUUUUGGUGUAAGUUUCCUUUUUCUUCUCUUUCUAUUUGCAUCUAUGUAUAAAAUGGCUGCUAUUUCAUUUUCGACAAAGCAAAUGCCCACAAUAAAGUUGUGCUAUUUGUUCCACCAGUGUUCUGGAAAUCUGGUGCAAACUAUUAGUUUAUUUAUGAAUUUGAAUCUCUACAUGGCUUUCUUUGAAUUAAAACUAGCCACUGCUUCAGCAAUAGCUACUGGUACUUUUUUUCUUUUUCUUUUUUCAAAUUUUCUUCAAAUUUAUUUAACCUUCAAAUGUGCAGAGGAUUAUUGUUCUUAAACAACAAUUUGGAAAAAGAGUAAUGUGCUCACUGUUGAUUAGUAAUCUUUCACACUUCCUGCAUCUUUUUCUUCUAUCAUUGAUUUAACCAAAUUUUGACACAUACUACUGGACUUGGUUACUUUAUCAAGCUUGAGUAUAAAUCAUAUUAAUUAUAACCACAUCAUAGAUAAUUCAGAAUGGAAUGGACCACCAUAGUUGUGGCCAAGUGCCUGGCAUAGGGUAUUUCCAAAUUUUGGGGAAGCACUGAGUACUGAAGUGCAUUAUCCUACUUGACAUAUUGGUGUUUCAUGCAGUCAUGCUUUGCUAAUAUUAUGUGUAUUUUGUUGGCCCAUCUUCUUUAUGAUUUUUUUAUUUUGGAACUUCCUUGUUCGUCUGCAUACACUCUGUGCCCUUCCAAAAGGAAAAGAAAAGGAUGUUUUUCUAGUAUAUUAUCACACAUUCACUGCAUUUGGUUGUGCUAGUUUUUGUGUUCUGGAUGAAAGUUAUACUAUGCUCAAAUUUAGUUAUAUUAAAAUUGUAAUGUCUCUUUGGUUGUAACCAAUUUUAUUUCUAUUUGGUCAAUCUUAAAUAAUGGCAAGUUUACCAGCUUUAUUUCUAUUUGCGUUCAUUAAAAUUGAAAUAGCACAUGUCUAUGUUUCCUUUGUGAAAAUAAUGGCAAGUUUACCAGAUUGGAGGAACUAUUUUCUCUUCGGAUGCGUAAUGUGUAGAUGAAAUCUCUUCUUAAUUGACCACGCUAUUUGAAUGUGGUGGGUUGAUUCUUGGAAAAAUACAUGAAGCAUUUAAAAGACAUUGUGUCUAAAGUCUUUAUAUUGUGCCUAAAGUGCUUGAGAAAUGAAUUCGAAUAAAUCAUUGAUAAUAGCUGACAGAUGAGAGGAUGAAUACAGCUCAUCAUCACUUUUUUUGCUAAAAAUGUUUUGAAGUAGAAAAGGAGAAAUAGAAAAAUACCCCUUCAUUAUUCACUAUUUCAUAUUUAUUGCAAAUAAGUUAAAUUCUAGUUGCAUAUGGAGGGUCUGUGUAAACUUGUCAACUUAUAUUUUUAUAUAAACUAACUUGGUAUGUAUCUAUUUCACAUUUGUUUCAACAUUGAUAAUUUUAUAUUAACUAACUUGGUUUAUGCUACAUAUUAAAAGUAGCAUAAUGUACUUUUUUGUUUCAUGUAAGUCAUUGUUCAAUAGGUUUUGUCCAUUUAAGUGUUAUUUAUCAUAUUUCCUGAAAUAGUUACUGAAGUUCAUUUGGUUAUAGUUAAAAGUGGGAUACAUGGAAGAGUAAAAAUUAAAAACCUCUUCUUUACUUUUUGUGGAAUUAAUUAGUUGCAUUGUUAAGAGGAAAUACAGUUGUAAAAAAAAUUAAUUUACUCGCUUCUUUGGUCUCCGUACAUGCAUAAAUUUAUAUUUUAUGUUCUCAGGCUUGCCAUUUGAUUAAUUGCUCAAUUUCUUCAAUGCCUCAAAAAUAGUUCCGUCAUUAGGGAAAAGUGCUCGUGAUUGAUGUUAUAUGGUUCAAGUACUUUAAGGCUUUGGACAAUGGAGUUUUGUCGAAAAAUAAGCCGGUGGUUCUUAAGGCUAAGCUCGUGUGAAAGAUUGCUUAAAAGAAAAUUAUGGAAGCCGAUGAGGCUGUUUUACUCAUUGUUGUGUUUGUUGUUGUAGUUGUUGUUUUUUUUUUUUUUUUAAAUGUAUUAGGUUUUUA